ACAAUAAUUUGAUGAAUAAUUUACAACCGAGGUCGAUAGUGUAGAUUUAAAAAAUUAAAAAAAUAAAAAUAAACUUUGGCUAACUUCAUCAUCAACUUACCGUUGGUUACUGUCAACAUUUCAAAUAAAUAGAGAUGCGGGAAUUACGUAUAAAUAUUUAUCGGUAUUAAUAAAAUACAAUGAAUUAAUUAAUAUAUAUUUUUUGAAUAAUGAGGUCAGUAAGAAUGGACAUGUCUAGAGAUGAAUGCAGAAAAUGUUUAAGAUGUUUAGAAUUGGAUGCUUACGGUAACAUGGUGUCGGUUUUGAGAGCACAAGGUUCGUUUACGGAGGAUAAAAAACGGCUGCUUGAAGAAUUGGCUAAAGUACUUCAUAUUUCUAAUGAAAGACAUCGGGCCGAAGUGAGACGAGCUGUUAAUGAUGAAAAAUUGUCUUGCAUCGCAGAGCAAUUAAAUGGUCCAAACACGUGGACGGACUGGGCCAUCGAGGGAAGAAGGAUGAUACCAUUGUUGCCAAGAUUAAAAGCGUAUACGGCGUUUACUGAACUAGCGAAUAGUUUAUCUCUGGUGCUGGCAGCUGCUAAUGAAAAAAAAGCACCUGUUCAAAAAAACGAGUCGAUAGUCAAUACUAAUAUAAUAGUUAAUAAAACAGAAGAAUGUAAAGAAGUUAAAAAAGAUGAUUUGCCUUUAGAAAAUUCAACGACAAAUUUACCUAAAACCCGAGGAAGAAAAAGAAAAAAACCUCUCAUUGAUCCUCCACCCAGUAAAAAAUUACAAAGUGAAGCCUGUGUUAAUGAUAAUAAUGUUAAUUGCUUGAGACAAUCACCGCCAUUGCCAGCUACUUCCAAGGUAGAAGUAACUGAAAACACUCAGCCGCUAUUAACAAAAGAAUGCCUAGUAAAUUCCAGUCUAACAACGUGUACUGAUACUCCGGUGACGAGUAGCGAAGAGAAUAAUGUUAUUUCAAGCUCGAGUAAUGUUAACGAGAUACCUCAAACUAAAACUGCUAUUGAUAAGUGUGAUGUAGAAUUAAAAGUAGACGAAUGUAUUAAUUAUGAUAAAUCGAACGACCCUCCGACCAUUGAUAAAACUGAACCUGUAGUUGAGAAACCUGAGACGUUAGCUAACUCGAAGGAUAGUUCUCCUAUAAAUUCUAUUGGUAAUGCUAAGCGAGUCACUAAUGUUGUAGAAAAUACGGCUUCUUUAAGUGGUCCUGGUCCGCCACAGGUUAACUCUAAGGUUGCGUUUAAGAAACUGCCAAUUGAUAUGCUCAAUCAUCAAUCUAUUACAAAAGUGGGUAUUACUUUAAAUUCUAAUAAUACAAUUAAUAUAAGUGCAUUUCCGAAUGCAAGAUUAGGCUCCAAGACAAAUGUUAUUGUACAAAAAGGUUCUGCUCAAGAUGUUAAAAUAACUCGCGGUGGGAAGGCUGCGAUAGGUAAAGUUAUAAUGGGAAGUGAGAAUCUUAGUCUAGCAGCUAAAACAGCAGCCGCGUUAUUACCACACAGACUGGCUAGCAACGGUGAUAAAAAAUUAAAUAUAGUGCCAAUUAAAAAUUCAUCACACAUAGACAUUAAAUCAAAUAGCAAGUUAGGUAGUAUGGUUGUGCUGGAUAUUCCCCAGGAUGUACCUGAAGAAAAAUCGAUAUCUAAUGCUCUUGAGAGUGAUCAAAAUCAUAAAGUUAAUGAUACUCCUGACACACUUACCUCAGACAAGACUGUUUUAUUAACCAGUCAGGUUAAUAGUAGCCUAGACAAUCAUAGUGAAUUUGAUAGUCUUAAAAAUGUUACUGAGAAUAGUGAAAGUGUAGAGCCGUCAAAUAUUUUACAAGAUUCAUGUCAAGAAAUCGUUAUGAUUACGGAGGAAUUGGUUGAGACGCAAGUCCUCGAUGGUCAAACGGAAAUUUACAAUUUUGAGUCGACGGAAGACAGCGUCUGCGAAAUUCAAACUGAAGACAAUUCUGAGGCAGCUGAGAUAUUUAAUACGGUGCUUGAAUCGACGGAAGUAAUUGAAAGUGUUGACUUCACUGACAGUGAAGAGCAUGUUUAAUUAGAUUUUUAACUAAAAAAAAAAAAAAAAAAAAAAAAAAAAUAUGUAUAAAUAUAUUUUUUACUGUAUAGCUAAGUUUAAUUUUUUAUACGGUGACAUCACGAUUUUAUUUAAAUCAUUAAUUGUAAAAAUGAAAACCUUUCAAAAUUUGUACAGAAACAGAGUGUUUGAUAAAAUAUAACGAAAAAUCAUAAAUUAUUUAUUUAAUUGUUAUCAGACAUUAUUAAAAAUGAAUGACAAUGAAAUGUAAAAUUUAUUAAAAUUAGAACGAAAAUAGGAUAUAUAUUAUCACUAGGUUUUAUUGCAUGGAGUACUUUAAUGUGAAAGAAAUAAAGAAGUAUUUAUAUUUAA